AUGCUUGUAGUCGAACCCCAUCAUCAACGCAGUCAAGCUGUGAAUUUACCUAUAUGCAAUUCGCUGCUUAGACGGCUGCUUGGCUACCUUUGGCUUAGGAUAUAUCACAACGAAGAGCUUUACGCGGAAAUUCAUGCGAUGAACCGGGGGAUGACACGUGGAAGAUAUCAUCAUGUUGCACUGCCAUCGAAAGUGGCUACAGAAAAUCGUCUUCGCAAUUCUAGCCAAAUCAAGGAGACAGGCAAAUCGCCUUGUUCAACGAGUUUUGAGGAGUUUGUCGGAUUCAAGAUGGAAGAGGCCAUCUGGCCGAAGACGGAAGUUCUGGACUCAGGUGAGGAAAGAUGA